AUAUAAUGGAUCGCCGUGUUGAACGUUAUUUAUAUAAAUAUAGUGCAUUCGGUCAUAUAGUCUCAAUCUAAUCAUUAUUCAUAUGUUAUCAAUCAGCGACAUUCUUUCACCAUCGUUAAACAAAUCGCCUAUAGCUCUGCAACGUCUCAGAUUAAAGUGAAAAGCGUGCUAAAGACUUUUAGGUGUUCUCAGUCUACACAUUCUUUCGUUCAAAAAACUAUAACAAUACAAACACCUACUUUUUUGGAUAAAUUUUGAAAAGUAGAUGUUAGAAUGUGUAGACUGUGAGAACAUCUCAAAAUCUUUAGUACACUUUUCGCUUUGAUCUGAGACGUUCCAGAACGCUGGGCGUCUCACCGUUCGAAAAUUAUAAAAGAAAAAAAAAUGCAAGCAAAUCGUUACGAAAUGUCACUUUGGUAGUAGAGUUAGCUGACCAAACCAAUAGAGUACAAUCGGCAUACAUUUCUCGCCUUAUAUUAAAGGUAAGACUUCUCAUUUCAUUUUCAGCUCAAAAUAAGUUGACGUAUUUACAUAAACUUAUGGUGUCACCUAAAAGUCGACGUGUCCACUUUUUUGUCAACUUUGUGAGUAAAGUAGGUGAUCUGUUAAUCUUCUUUUUGAUUUUGACAAGCGCCUAGCUAUAUAACUAGCGCGCCUUCACUUCAUCGUCUAUUAGUUCAUAUCGAUUUAUACUGCACAUAAAAAAUGCAAGAAAGAAUUGAUUUGAUGCCAUUUUGUGGAAUGUAUGUGAUUGAAAAAGUUCUUUUUCGAAGUAAAGUUCUAAAAGAGUAUAUAAAUAUUUUUUUGUUGUUGUUAUAGAUAAAUUCAUCAUGAAUAAAAUGUUUGCCGAACUCGAUGCUUUGGAUGAUUCUAAAGUAAAUGAGAUAUUUGGUGGAAUUUUAGUCGUUAAUGAUUGGACAUUCUGUAAAUGUGGACGAGAAAAUUGUCAUGAAUGCUUAAUGGAUCACUGAUUUGCAAAUAAUGAAGAAAAUGGUAUUGAUGAUAAUGGUAAAUAUCGUGAUGCAUUAGUAGUAUCUACAAAAAAAGUUGAUAAAUUUAAAUGGGCAUGUCAACGUCAUGAAUGUGUUGAUUGUCAAAAUUAUUUUAAUUUUUAAAGAAUUAAUUCGAAAAGGUGGAAUUAAAUAUAAAAAAUUCAUGGAGCAAAUUGAAAAUGAGGCAAUAUUCGAUCGGUCAUCCGUUAAAUUAUGUCAAUUACUUGAAAAUAUGGAUGUUGAUACAUCUAAAACAACACAAAAUGAUUCAAAAGAUUUGUAUAAAAAAGUUUAUUAG